GUAGGGAUAUGCUUUUUGCACCCCUCCCCAAAAGAAAGAAAAAUUCAUAGUACGUUCAAUUCUUCUUCUAUUCCCCAAGACACGUUCAACUGCUCUAAAGACCAAGUUUACACUCAUGUGGAAAGGUUUAUGAGAUAGAUUUGGUCUAUAAGCCUUUUUGUCGCCCAUUUGCGGUUGACAAAUGUGACACCAGCUAGGCUCCCAUAAUGUGCACGAGAGAGAGAGAGAGAGAGAGAGUUGAAUAAAAGCCAACUGUAGAUUUGUGGUGGAUCCUUUUCAAACCAAAUGUCCUGAUUAUUGAGUACAAUAUUCUGGUUAUUGUGGGCCCCAUAUGCUUACCAAAUUUCUUAUUCCUUCAGCUAAUUGAUAAUAAAUCGAGAGAAGACAUCCCCCUAAAUAAGCUGCUAACUAGGAAAGUGUUCCCCUUAGUGCAUGCCAGCCCAAUUUUCUCUUUGGUGGAUGCUUUUCUUCUGCCUCUUCUCACAGCUGAAUCUGUGUAUGCUAUUUGAAAUUUUUAUAUGUUUACAUCUUGCAAUAAAACUUGGUGGCUACUGGGACUCAGCCCACUAGCCUUCACUUACAUUAUAAAAAAUAAAAAAAAAGAUUAACACGAAAUAUAAAUAAACUUUGGGGAGUAAGUGAAGCAUCAAACUAUCCAUUUAGAGUACCCGUGUCUCUUCUCUUGUAAUUAUCUUGUUGGUCAAUUCAGUCUUUUUAUUCCAAGCUGCUUUAGAGUAUAUAACUAGUAAACCUCUCUCUAAGAAAAGCCAGCCUUGCCCACCUUUCCACCUCCAAAACAUCAGAAGCCGCCAUGCAACCUGGUGGCAGAACCCCAGCUAAGCUAAAACGUAACCGUCACCAUUAAUAACUAUGAAUUCGCCCACUCUGCCUCGGAAAAAUUUUAAUUAAGGGCGAUGGGGACAGGACGAGGUCAUGUAUAUUCUAUGCAAGCUUUAAUGGCUAUUGACCUCCGACCCACUCGCCAAAUCUCCAAAAUAUAUGUAAGCAUAUAAAAAUCAAAAGAAUGACUGACUUCCACUGGCAAAGGAGGACAGGUAAGUCUACCACCGCUGCAAGGUGGCGACAUUAUAUUGGCAAAAUUUUAUGAAAAGUUAGUAUAGGUUGCUGUAGGAAUCCAUGUGGAUUUCCUUGGAUCCUAGUCUCAUCUAAUAUUUCUGGAAGCGUAACUCAGUCUUGUCUCCGUCCUUGCACUCCCCCUCCUCCCCCAUGGCUUCCACUACCUCCACUUCCACCGCUGUCGCCGCCGCCGACACUUCCACCCACCGUCACCAACUUCAGGGUAGCGGCGGUGUCCACGGCCACACCCCGGCGCCUCCUCCUCCGACACCAUCAAACCAGCAAGUGUCCGAAUCCCUCUCCGCCGACGCCGACGCCGCCUUCUCCCGCUUCCUCGACCAACUCCAUAUCACGCCGAGCCUCUCCUCCUCCUUCCCCAAAUACUCCCGCCUUUCCCCUAUCUCCUCCCCCUCUUCUUCCCAUCCCCCCAACCCUUCUCCUCCUAUCAUAUCCCUUCUCGAACCCCGACCGGACCUCCUCCUCUCCGCCGCCGCCGAUGUCGGCUUCUUCCACCUCGCCGACCACGGCCUCCCCUCCCACCUCCCCGCGUCCGCCCUCCUGGAAUCCCAAUCCCUCCUCCACUCUGGCACUAUUGCGACCACCAAUCCUUCUUCUCUGGGCUUCAAUCACGAUGACGACGGCGACGAGUCCGAUGACAAAGAUUCGAUCUUUGUCUUCGAAGCCGGCUGGGAUGGGUUCGAAUCCUUUCCAUCUUUGGUGGAGUAUGCGAAGGGAUUGGAGAGGGUGGGAUUGGAGGUGGUGGAGAUGCUGUCCUCGAUCGCCGGAGGAUUUCCCGAAAGCCCGUUUCGAGAGAGGAAGGCGAGGUGUUUGAUGUGGGUCUCGGAGUGCUCGAGUACUGGGGAGGGAGAGGAGGGGAUGGAGGUGGGGACGACGACGAAGAGCAAAUGCUAUCCAUAUGUGGUCAGCCUGCAGUACGAGAUGAAGGAGUGGAGAGAGCCGAGUUGGGUGCUCGGGGACUCAGGCGAGUGGAUUCCCGUCGAGCCUUGUGCUGACUCGAUCCUUGUCACCCUCGGAGAUAUCGCUCAGGUUUGGAGCAAUGCAAGGUUCAAAAAGGUGAGGGGUAGACCUCAACGCACUUCCCUGCGCUCAGACGGUUCCAAUUAUUCUGGCCGCGUUUCUUUGUCUCUGUUGGUGACCUUGCCUUUGGAUAGUGUCAUCUCUCCAUUGUUGCCACUUGCAGUAGAUGACUGUGACCAGAGUAUUGCUGAUGCUGGUGAUGGAGGUUGUAAUGAUGGUGUAAGAAAGUUUCGAACAUUUACUCUGGAGGAAUAUGCUUGGAGGAUUUAUCAUGAACGCUUCCCAUUCAAAGAUCCUCUGCUCAGAUACCGGAUAUGAGAUAAUUUUAAUCUUUUGAUCUCUUCUCACAGAAAAAAAAAGAAGAAAUCAUCUCAUCACUUGUUACCAUGUUUGAGCUACUCUUAUUUCUUCCAUUCUAGCAUUCAUUUUAGCAUGCCUCCUUGUCACUUAGAAUGUUGUUGUCUCUUCCUCUGAAAUGGUGGACCCUUAUAUACACUGGCUCUCAGUUUGUGGCUUAUGGGAUCUACAUGGUUAAAGAGGAAGUAUUUUGAUGGAUGUUUGUAAUCCUUUAGUUGAUAAAUUGUUUGAAUUUGAUUUUUGUUGCCA